AUGGAACAAGCCGAGGAAAAAGGAAAUGAAAGAAUUGCGCUAAAACGAGAGCUAGGUCUCUUCAGCGCAGUUAGCUUCAUCGUAGCUGUUAUGAUCGGUAUGGAAACAGCGGCGUAACUCUAAAUCUUUUCAUAUGAAUACAUACAGUCAUAAAAUAUUAAAUAACAAAGUAAUAAACGGUCCUUUUUCCGGCAUCAAUAUUAAAUCUGUCGUGUAAAGUCAGCCGGCAUAAAAAUUGGUUUUGCGCUUUUUGUUUUGUUUUCUUCUGCGCUCGUCAUACAUAAUAGCAAUUUAAUCAAUUUUACUCGAUUUAAUAAUGAGCUCGUCAGACGAUCACCAAAGGUCAGAAAUAUGGAAUGCAUUAUCAGCAUAUGUUGUCUACAUUGCUUACGUAAUGAAAUUAUAAAGUAUUCGAACAAUGAACUUCCACAUAGGUAGUAUAUUCAAUCGGUAGUUAUCAACUGUCUUUAAUUGCCUUCUUACACAAAUAUCUAAGUACUACAUGGUUUGAAAUUUUAAUAAUAUGUUUAACAAUAUAAUACUUAAUACUUGCCAUAAUAGUUAUAUAAUUGCAAAAUGCGUUUGACGCACGAAUUAUGCGAAAACAAUUUUAAUACAAGUAUUACGUGAAGUAUAAUGCGUUAAAGUAUCACCGCAUUAGAUAAUAAUAAGUUAAAUAUUAGUAUUGUUACAAAACCAUUUCAGAAAUGAUAACAGUAGCUACCGUCUCAAUUAAUCCACAUGUUAACAACACCUGCAUUUCUGAAGAUAUUUCGUUCCUUUCAUUUGUCGAUACUUGAUAUGCUCGAUAUAAUAUCAUAAAAUGUUCUACAUUUCGUAGAUAAGAUUUUGUUAUAAAUCAUACUUUAUCUUUCGCUUUUGUUGAGAUUUAAAUAAUUAAUAACAAACAAUGAUUACGAAUAGAAAUGUAGGGGAACCUCUUUGAUAACUAAAUACAUGUUUAAAAAUAGUUGACUGCAAUUGCAUUAUUGUGCGAGCUUGAAUAAGCUCGACUAUAUGCACACAGUAACACAAUUUAUCUCUUUGAAUUAUAAUUCAAAGCAUUGCUCAUUGCUUUCUCACGGUAUUCAUUGAGAAAGGGUAGAUCUAAUUAUUCAAACAUUCAUUGGUUACAUUGAAUAUUAGAUCUGAUAAUCGUACAAUUUAAGCGCAUAAGGUAUAACAAUUUAGUGUCAAAUAUUAGUCAUUAUAAUAAACUAUGGCUAUUUAAUUUUAGAUAACAUGUACGUAUCGUAAAUUGUCAAGUAUAUAUUAAUUUAAAAAAUAUAUUGAGAACGAGUUAUAGAAUUUUUACGAUUCGAACGAUAUUUUUCAUAUUCAUAAAUAAAAAGUAUAUUUUAGCCUCAAUACUUUAUCUAGCGUUUUCGAACAAUGAGAUGAAGCUUCUCAAGCAAUAUCUGGAUUACUCCAGUAUAAUCUAACCAUUCUAGUUAGAACCGAAUUAGUAGAGAUUGAGAGCAAAUGUGCAUCCUUAAUUUCUUUUCUUUGAAAGUCAAGUUAGAUAUUAUAUCUUUGUACAAUAAUAAAAAAUAACACCUAAUGUAUUUCGGUAAUUAUGAAUAGAGCUUUGACACGAUUACGAAUCAAGGGGGGUUAAUCAAGGUUAAUCGCUGACCCACGCGCUCGUGUAUUACGAGGCAUCUUUCUUAAGUAUAUCUAUAUAGCCGAUUUUAAUCAAACUUCAAAGACUGACAAAUCUAUCAUACAUUUAUCUACGAAUGUGAAACGACAUUUAUUACUGAGGCUUUAUCUAUAAUGUAUAACCAGAGAUAAUAUUUUUAUAAUGUCGUCAUAUUUGAGAUUUUGAUAAUUACAAAGAGAAAUCAAUAUCUAUAUAUUUGCAAAAUACGAUAAAGAAAUGUUUUUCUCCUUAACGAAGUUAUAUUUGCAUUCUCUUUUUCCUUGGAGUACAUUCUAUCAUAAAAUAAUAAUGUUACUAUCAUUAUUAGUUCAAUAACUAAUUAACUGAUAAGUUUCGCCGAUAAGGGGAUCCAUUUUACAUUUAGCAAAUAUUAUUUUCUUUUUACAAAGAAAUUAAUCUGAUUGUCAUUUUAAACAAAGAAUUAUUUUUCUCUUUAAGGUUCUGGAAUUUUUGUGUCCCCGACCAGCGCUCUUGAGAGAUCAGGAUCCGUCGGUUUUUGCCUAAUUGUCUGGAUUAGUUGUGGCAUAGUGUCUCUCCUAGGAGCUCUCGCAUUCGCCGAAUUAAGUACAGUUGUACCACGAUCCGGAGCUGAAUACGCAUAUUUCAUCGAAGCUUUUUCACCCUUGCAUCAAUAUGCUGGACAAAUACCCGCAUUUAUAUGCUCCUGGGUUUAUGUGAUGCUACUACGGCCAGCAGAAGUGGCUGUAAUUAUGUUAACAUUCGCUGAAUAUAGCGUGCAACCAUUCUCCGGAUAUUUAAACAACGUUCCCGAGGAAUCGAUGUUUAAAUUGAAAAAGCUCAUAGCUAUUCUAGCUCUUGGACUGAUCACAUACAUUAAUUUAACCAGCGUAAAGCUAUACGUUAAAGUUCAAAAUAUAUUCACUGUAUGUAAAGUAGUUGCGUGCAUUUUUGUAAUUAUUGGUGGAAUGUGGUGGUUAUGUACCGGUCAUACGGAAUUGUUGAAGAAACCAUUUGAUGGUACUACCGAUUCACCUGGUGACGUGGCUUUAGCCUUUUACAGUGGAUUAUGGGCUUAUGACGGAUGGACUUCCGCUGCAAUUGUUACGGAAGAGAUCCAGAAACCGGAAGUUAAUAUUCUUAAGAGUAUUCUAAUUGCGGUACCUUUGAUUACUGUGUUAUACGUGUCGAUGAAUUUAAUGUAUAUGGCUGCUUUAACGAUACCGGAAAUGAUAAGCGCACCAGCUGUAGCCGUUCUCUGGGCGGAAAAAGUUCUGCCCUCUUGGUUGAGCUUUGUGAUACCUUUUGGCGUCGCUUUAUCUACUUUUGGAUGCAGUCUUAGUAUUCAAUUUGGAGUAUCCAGACUCUGCUAUGUAGCCGGAAGUGAAGGCCAUAUACCCAGAGUCUUUAGUUUUGUGCACAUUGAGAAAAUGACACCAGCCGCGGCAGUAGCGUUUCAAGGCUUGCUCGCGUUAUUCUGUAUGCUUUUGGGAGAUAUUAUCGCACUUAUCGAAUUCGCAAGUUUUUUGACGUGGGUGUUCUAUGGACUUGCGAUGUUGUCGUUAAUAAUUAUGCGACGAACGAAACCAAAUGCAUCUAGACCGUACGCAGUACCAAUUAUGAUACCUUGGAUAAUAUUGAGUAUUUCUAUAUUCUUGGCUGUAACACCGAUUGUUCACGAACCAUCAUUCAAAUAUUUAUUUGCACUAUUAUUUAUUCUUUGCGGUAUAGGCAUCUAUCAUACAUAUGUUUACAAGAAAGUUAGAAGUUCUUUAGCAGGUGAGUAUUGCAAGAAUAAGAUAUCCUGAUUAUUUUAUUGUUUACGAUACGAUACAUUAUGUGACAAAUUUUUAUUUAUUACUUUUCAGCGAAAAUCACAUACCUGAUACAAAUAUUAUGCCUCGUUGUUGCUCCAGAUAAAAAAGACUGA